GUGCGUUUGAGCUCCCAGCCGCUCCCAGCACGGGCACCACCCGAGCGGGCAGCGAGGGUUUGACCAAGGGUCCUGUCGGGAGCAGCUAAGGGAGCUGCGGUGUUUCGCCUGGAGGAGGCUCAGGAGGAUCUCAUCGUUCUCUACAACUACCUGAAAAGAGGUUGUGAUAAGGUGGGAGUUGAACAACCUGUGGCAGUGUCGUCCACAGUGGCUAAUGACUGGCUUGUUACACACCAGAGGGUGUUCUGCAGAGAAGAAGUUCUUUGAGUUCCAUCUUGUCCAGGACUGGUUUCUGUGCUGUCAGCAUGGCAAUGUCACUUAGAACUGCAUGGUCCAGCCUCUUUUGGCUGCGUUCAGUAGCAACCUGUAAGCAGGUCCCACUGCAGAAUGGAGGUGUGUAUCAUGCUUGCCAUAAAUCUACAUACUCAGUUCUCCCUGAAGACUACAAUUGCAAAGUGGAACUUGCAGUGACGUCCGAUUUGAAGACAAUUGUCUGCUACCACCCUUCGCUGGAAAUUCCAUACGAGCAUACAAAACCCAUACCACGGCCAGAUCCAGUGAAUAAUAAAGAAGAAAGCCUCGAUCAAGUUUUAAAAUCCAGAUUGAAUGAAAAGGAGCUAAAGAACAGUAGAGGUCCUACAAUUGAAGAGCUCAGCAAAAUGUUUUACACAACAAAACAUCGCUGGUAUCCUGUGGGACAGUAUCACAGAAGACGCAAGAAUCCUAAUCCUCCUAAAGACCGAUAAGGAAGAUAACUUCUUGUUCACCAGGACUUUGCUGUUAAUUUUGAUUGGAAAUAAAAGUUAUAGAAAGUGACGUGUUUGGCUGUAACAGAACACGCUUGACUUGACUGCUAUUUUCUGCUAAAAACAACAAAACGGCACUGAUAAAACAGGGAGUCAGUGAAGGUAGUUGUGCAUUCCUGGUCAGCAAGUGGACUAGUCUUAGAACAGGAUGUAACAGGGAUGGAGUGCUCUGAUUAAAUUCUAGAGGUCAGAGGUUCAUCAUUGUUAAAUACAAUGAAUCUAUACAAGUCUUGUGUCAAAAUGGGAAGUCUAGAAAUGUAUGUGUUUGGGUUUGGUGGUUUUGAGUGGGAUUUUUUUUUUUUUUUUUUGCUUUAGGAAUCUAGUAACUGCAGGUGAGCUUGAAUACUGAAGUAUUAAUGAAAUAGUAUUUAUGAAAAAUAUUAUAUGAGGUAUUUGUGAAAACAAAUAGUUUUCCUUCUUCUGUUACACUUGCAAGAUGCCUGGUUCCGUCUUUAUUUCUACAUCAGCCAAGUGAUUGUAUUAUAAGCUUAUUGUUGUGUGUGGAAAACUGGCCAGCUUGGUUAAUUUUUAGCAUCCAAGACACAGUGACUUGCCCUUCUGAAUCAUCCAUCAUUCUCAAAUAUCUGAGAACUUCCAUGUGUAUUCAUGGUUCAUGGGGUUUUUUCUUGUUCGUUUAAUCCCACCCCAGCCACCACUGAGUGAGGAUGCUGUGUUCAUAUGUAAGUUGGAAUAGCUGUAGCACAGUAGAAAUUGUUUACAUCAGCAAGGUAAUCACUGCACUUUGUAGCAUACCAAGGAGGAAAGAUUGACCCUUUAUUACAUAAAAUGCUUUAAAUUAAAAAAAGUCUGAUUCUAUUUUGUUGCUUUAGCAUUUUGUAGUGCUUAAAUGUUCUUCCUCUUGUAAUAUUCUGUGCCAUGUAGCAUUUUUUUCUUUCAGGAGAAGGAAAAAAAAACCCCUUUGUUCUAGUCUACAGUUUUAGGCAUCAGCCCUCUAAUGGAAAGGGUUAGCUUGGAACAUUGUGCUGCUGCAGAGAUCUCAGUGACUUCUUAGUAGAUCCUUCUAAAUAAUCAGAAAAUACUUAUCUCAUAUACAUCAUGUAUUAUGUAUUUUUAUUGCAUUUCUCUUCCAAAGCACUUUGGAUAACCUGGGAAGGGGUUUGUUUCUUUUUGUUCACUAGUCUAGUGUCAUUUAGCAGUGUGCGUUUUCUACAGAUUUUGCUAGAAGUUGAGUACCACUCAUCUUCUCAGUUGAAAAACUGUCAUUUUCUAAAGAUACUACUGAAUAAUCUUUUUUUCCCUUGAAUAUCCUUUAUUUCUGAAAAAAGCGAUGUUGGAUGUGUGUAAAAAGACUGCUGUUAAAUACUUGUGGAAAUUUUUGCAGAGAACUAGUGCCAGUGCAUUUUAACUCUGCAUGCUCAGCAAGAACCAGCUGGUAAUGGUUUAUCAUGGCAGAGCAUGAAAUCAUUUUGCUCCUUCACUCUGUUGUGCUUAUAAGAUAUCAGAGUCCAUGCUCAAGCUGACAUCAGCCAAGUGAUGGCUCCCUGUUAAAGGUGUGUUGCUCACAUAAUGAGUCUGCUGUUGUGGAGUAGUGUCUGUGGGGUCCCUGUGAAGGAUGGCUGCUUAACUCUGUAAGUUCAAUCACAUGAACAUAAUCAUGCCUUUUUCUGCCUGGAAUAUAACUUCUUCAAUAGAUUGUAGUAAUUUGUAGUACAACAAAUUUUGCUGUUCUCAUCAGUUUGUGGUGCCUGAUAAGAACUCCAGUGUAGGAGUGAGCUUACAUCUUGUGUAGUGUUCUGUUAUGUUCCAAUUCAUAAAAUUGAGUCCCCUUUAUCUUUAGAAAGCUGAAACCUAAUUUGUCACCAUUUGACUUCACUCCAGUAUAAGAAGAGAUAUCCUUAGACUAAUUUAAACUUACAAUUCUUUUCCCCGUUCUUUUCCCCAUAUUUUUGCUUAUUGCUGCCUAAUGCUGCUAAGAAAUUUUGCUUUACGGAGAAACCUUCUGUUAUGACAUUUGUCUCUUCUUGCUUGUCAAACCCUGUUUGUGAUCAAACAUCCACAAUCACUGUAGAAAUACUGGAUUUCACAAUGUUUCCCAAACACUUUUGGAUGCUUUUCAGGCAUUUUGAGAGCUAAAAAUCUAUUAUAUGCUUGGCUGCUAUCUUUAAAGUACUUCCUCUUCUGAGCAGUGACUGGAAACUGUCUAAAACACAUGUUCACUAUGUGUACCCUGUGCCCUUUUGUUAUUAAUUCACGACAUUGAUGUUUUAGUGUCUUUCCCUGCAUUGUGCUGCUGCUUUCAAUCUUACUGUGUUUUCUUUUACUAAAUCUUUUUCCUGGGUUACCUGAGGCAUGACACAAUUAAAAUACAACUCCCCCAGUAAUCUGAAGAUCUCUUCUUGGUUUUCUAGGUCUCAAACAACUUUCUUUGUUUCUUUUCACUUGAAAACUUGGAAUUCAGAAUUCAUUCACUUGAUUAUUGUUCUG